UGGAACACUGAACUAUAGUGCUCUAUUAAAGGUACAUUGAAAACGAUACAUAAAAUAAAUUAAAAUAGCCCCACCACACCACUAUUGUUCCACACAGUAAUAAUAAUUUGCUGUGAAAAAGGAAUCCAAGAAAACCAAAAGAACCAACAAAAUUACAAACUCUUAUUUUGUUUUGUUUUCUCUGUUACAUGCAUGUCUUGGUCCUUUUGAUCAUGACCACUCACACUCUCUUUCCAUGUCUUCUUGAUUCUAUUCUCAGAAACUCGCCGAAAUAAACGGGGAAGAAAAAUUUCCGAUUAAGCUGCUAUAAUGGAGGAUUCAAAGAGAAUCACUUUAUCUUUCUUUAAUUCUCCCAAGUUGUUUACGAAUUUUGCAUCGAAAGGUUUUCACGAAACGGAAACAACCAUGAUGAGUCCGACUUCAAUUCUUGAUAGCAAACCUUUUAAUGGUUUCAAAAAGAAUUAUUUUUGGUGUGAAACAACAAAUAGUCCUAGAACACAAGAACACCACAAACGUUGUUGUUGGGAGAAACAUGAGUCAAAGGUUGUUGGUCUUGGUUUAGUUGAUGUUCUCGUCGAUGAUGAAAAAAACAGUGAAGUGAAUUCGAAGAUGGAAAAAAGAACGGUUCUGUUUGGAUCUCAGUUGAAGAUUCAGAUUCCAUCUUUUUCUUCUACGUCUGAAUCAUCAUCGUCGCCUUUAUCGAGAGGUGAUUUCGGAAUCAAGACUAGGAAUUCUCAUCUGGGUUGUUCUUCUGGAAGCUUCUCAGUCUCUCCUGUUGGAAAAUCUUCAUCUGGUUGUGGUGCUAAUUGUGUUGUUGAAAAUGAAAACUUGAAUUCUGGUAAUGGAGUUUUCAAAGGGUGUGUUUCUGCAAGUGAAAUGGAGCUUUCUGAAGAUUAUACUCGCGUGAUUUGUCGUGGCCCGAAUCCGAGAACAACUCAUAUAUUUGAUAAUUGUGUAAUUGAGAGUGGUUGUUUUGAUUUUGGAUGCUCUGUUUCUGUUAAAGAGAAUGGGUAUUGUUUUCCUCAUCAUCAAUAUGAGAGUUUUCUGAGUUUCUGCUUUUACUGCAAGAAGAAUCUUGAGCAGGGUAAAGACAUCUACAUGUACAGGGGAGAGAUGGCAUUUUGCAGCCAUGAAUGCCGUAGCCAAGGGAUGUCCAUAUUGGAAGCCAAUGAUGUUCAUGAGACAUAAUCCCACCAAAACAAAAACAUUUCAACCUUUGCUUAAAAGGGCUUAGAAAAAAUAACACCCUUUUCAUUUUUAGUUUCUAGGAUAUGAAAUAGUCCUAAAAAAGUUUCACAACUCAAUCUUUCUAACAUAGCUGCAAGAAAGUUUGUGAGAAAAUUGAAAUGGUGAGAAACUCAAGAGUUGAAUUUUUCUUUAGAAAUGAAUUAUUGGAUUUUUGAUGUUGGGUUGUUGUCCAUAUUGUUUUUUAUCAUUUUAAUGGCAAUGAUGAUAAUUAUGUA